AUGGCUGAAGAAGAACCGCCAGUCAAGGCGUCCUUCACGGACAGCCUAUACGCCUGGGGCUCAUCCGCCGUCCCCCCCUCCGCCCUGGCCAUGCUCACCAUCGCCCUCCACUCCCGCCCGCGCCAGCCCCUGGCCCUCCUCCUCUUCACCCCGCCGCUCUUCCUGGCCACCUACCUCAACCUGGCGGGGCAGCCCACAGCCGCCGCGGGAAUCUCCUCGGCCUGGUCGGGGCUGUACGCCCUCACGGCCCUCCGCCGCCGCCAGCCCGGCGGGGUCACAGCCCGCUUCCUCUCCCCGCGGGGCAUCAUCAGGGGCGGCGCCGUCGUCCUCGGCGCGGGCAACUGCGUCGCGGGAGGGUGGAGGUACUUCCACGGCGACUACGAGAAGGACGAGGAGGAGAGGGUAGAGAGGGAUCGAUGGGGCGUUGAGGGGUGA